CGUGUGUGCGUGUGUGUGAGCGUGCAUGAGUGUGCGUGUGUGUGUGAGCGUGCACAUGCUCGUGUCUGUUUGCUGUUCCACAGUUUCCUGUCGGCGUAGUAAAGCAGUUAAAGGCACAGAACUGUACUGAGCUUAAAGGAUUUCCUGUUGGAGUAUUUUGCUGUUGCACUGUAUGGAUCACAGACUCUGGCCAGUGCUGGCGGGGGCCCCUGGUCUUCCUGAUUAAUCUGCACCUUUGUCCCCCCCUGUAGCCUGAGAGAGGAAGUGGCCAGUUUCCUGACUGAGUACUGCAAGGCCCCUAGUCCACUGGAGCCAGAGAAUGUUGUGGUGAUGAGCGGCUGCAGUUCCUUGUUCUCCAGCAUCGCUGCGGUGACCUGUGAUCCUGGCGAUGCUAUUCUCGUCCCAACCCCCUUCUACGGGGCGAUCCGGGAGGACGUGGCGCUGUACAGUGGGGUGCGGCUCGUUCACUCUCACCUGGACUGCCAGCCCGGUGGUGGUGAUGACCGGCCUUUCCUGCUCACCGUGGAGAAACUAGAGAAGAGCAUGGAGCAGGCCAAGGCAGAGGGUGUGCGGGUCAGAGCCGUCAUCUUUGUGAACCCCCACAAUCCCUUGGGAGAAAUCUACUCCGCAGAGGAAAUGACAGCCUUUCUGGAGUUUGCCAAGCGGAACGAGCUGCAUGCCAUUGUUGAUGAGGUGUACAUGCUGUCUGUUUUCGAUGAGUCUGCCUCUUUCCGAAGCGUCCUCAGCUUCGACAGGUUGCCGGAUGUCCAACGGACGCAUGUGAUGUGGGGCAUGAGUAAGGACUUUGCAGCUGCAGGUCUGCGUAUGGGCCUGGUUUACUCUCAGAACCAGGACUUUGUGUUGGCGCUGACUCAGCUGGCGUUCUACCACGGCAUCCCGGGUCCCUCCCAGCACCAAGUGGCACAGCUGCUCCGGGAUAGGGACUGGGUGAGCCGGGAGUUCCUGCCCCAGAACCGCGCCCGCAUGGCGGCCGCUCAUCGCUACGUUUCGGGGGCGCUGCGGGGCCUGGGGAUCCCCUACCUGCACCGCUCCUCCGGGUUCUACAUCUGGGCCGACUUCCGCAAGGCGCUGUCGGAGCAGAGUUUCCUGGCGGAGAGGAAGUUGUGGCAGUGUUUCCUCAGGCACAAGGUCCUGGUGAGCCCCGGAGAGGCCUUCAGCUGUGCCACGCCCGGCUGGUUCCGCAUCAUCUUCACCGACCAGGAGGAACGGCUUCAGCUGGGCAUGCAGAGACUGAGGAAGGCCCUGGAGGAGCUGGGGAGGGUGUCCGGUCAGGGGGCGGAGAACGGGGAUGAGAGAGCGGGGCUCCAGAGCACAGCUGACGAGGCGGAGCCUAAACGGGACGGUCACGGCCCCCCUGCAGCCCCCCCCUCCGUGGCCACCUGCGCUGCCUCCUCAUUGGCUGAUGAGGAUUUCGUCACACUGGACCUCCAGGCCGCUCAGCCCGCCACUGGCUCCGCCCUGGACUCUCUGAUUGGCACGCUGUGAAAGCAGAUCCGCUCCUCCGAUUGGCUGGAGAAGAACACUCCGGAACUGUCCGCCGGGGAAGAUCCAGAACUCCUGGGGUCCCGAGACCUGCUGCAGCACGCCCGCAAGUAGAGGCGGAGUCUUGGGGAGGGCCUUUCAACCGCCAUGUCUGCCUGAUCUGGACUUCGCCCCAGUCUGGAUUCCCCCCCGGUCUGGACUCCGCCCUGGUCUGGCCUCCGCCCCGAUCUGGACCCACCCUGGUCUGGACUCCACCCUGGUCUGGACUCCGCCCCGAUCUGGACCCACCCUGGUCUGGACUCCGCCCUGGUCUGGAUUCCCCCCCGGUCUGGACUCCGCCCUGGUCUGGACUCCGCCCUGGUCUGGACUUCGCCCUGGUCUGGACUCCGCUACAUUAAAUGAUCUUCGCAAGCUGUUUGAAUAGGGCUAUUUUGACACAAUAAAGCCCCAAACUAAGGGGAUUUUUUUAUUCUGAAACAUUUCCAGUUUAAACAGCUAAUCUGCCUGUAGCCUAGUGGUUAAGGUUACAGUCUUGGGAACAUGGGGUCUUAGGUUCAAGUCCAGCUAGGGACAUGUUUCUUUUACCCUCACUAAUAAUUGUCUACUACUUCUCAAUUAUUGCUUUUGCACCAUAUCUACCCGCCGUUCACCGAACGUAUACACUGCAUUAUGACGUACCGUCUGCACGUUCAGUUAUUAACCGGCUACAAUAUUGCA